AUGGACAAGGUUCAGAAUGGUUUCCUCGUUUUGUUUUUGUUUUUAAUGGAAUGUCCACUUCAUUUAUGCAUGCCAUAUGCAGAUGGACUCCAUCCCGCUGGAAACAUAACAGGCUUACCAGGCAAUAAACGGUCACAACCACCCAGAAACAUCACCAAAGAGCCCAAAGUGUUCUUUCAUAAAACCCAGUUGCCUGGGAUUCAUGGGGCUGCCUCGAGAUCCAUGGGUGAGUCAUUGAAUUCCUCAUUCAGUGAAGUGAGAAUCAAAGCAAUAAUUCGGCAUAGACCUGCUCUUGUUAAAGUAAUUUUAAUUUCGAGCAUAGCCUUCAGCAUUGCCCUGAUAUGUGGGAUGGCAAUCUCCUAUAUGAUAUAUCGACUGGCACAGGCUGAGGAAAGACAACAGCUGGAGUCACUUUAUAAGAACCUCAGGAUACCGUUAUUAGGAGAUGAAGAAGAGGGCUCAGAGGACGAGGAUGAGUCCACGCACCUACUUGCAGAGAACGAAAACGAGCUGGAAAAGUUCAUCCACUCAGUUAUUAGAUCAAAAAGAAGGAAAAAUAUUAAGAAACUGAGGGAAGAGCAAAACUCAGUAACAGAAAAAAAAACAAAGAAUGCGUCACAUAAUGGAAAAAUGGAAGACUUGUGAACGCAGAUGACAGAGGUGCUGGCUGAGGCAGAGGAGAAACUAUGGGGAUGCUGGGAGACUGAGCCUGUGGGCGUGGCUUGCUCCCAGAGAACCUUGUGGAAGAGGGCAUCAAAGAAAGAAAUGCCAGAUGUGUAUCCCAGAAAAUAAAGCCACAUGAUAUAGCAA